CGCUAAAAUGUACUUAUGUUUCACAUUUAUAGAGAGCUGGCACGAGAAAAAGUGAUGCGGGAAGUGAAAGCUUUGGCGAAAUUGGAGCACCCAGGCAUUGUACGUUACUUCAAUGCAUGGCUUGAAGCCCCCCCUGAGCUGUGGCAGGAAAGAAUGGAUGAGCUUUGGCUAAAGGAUGGAAGCACUGAUUGGCCGUUCAGCUCUCCAACACCUUUGGAUGGCCUUUCAAUCAAAGUUAGAAGCACAGAUCCAUUCUCUAUGAAAGAAAAAGUAGAAGUGCUCACUCCUUCAUCUGAAACCUUGAGCUCUCUGUCAGCUGGGUAUGUUGCAAUUCAGCCCACAGUACAUAGACAGCAGAUCUUGCCUCGCCAGAUGUCUACAGCAAAUGUUUUAAACCAGUCAAAUGGUCCAAUAGGGAAUCUCCAAGAUAGUGUUCUUACAGACUGUGAUUUGGAGCAGAGUGCAAUGGAUGAGGACCUGGUGAACUACUAUGAACUUUCUUCGGGAAGAAUUGCAUCUGGGGGAUUACAUGAGAGAACCUCAUCAUCUAUCAUUUUUGAGGACUCUGGCUGUGAUAAUCCAUCAAGCAAUGUAGACAACAAAACUGAUGUGUCGGUUCUUGUUACAAAUAGUGACUUUUCUGAGCAUGAGACGGAAACAAAAGACUCUAAUGAAAGCAAACCUACAUCCAGAAGCACUUUGUCUAUUUCCCCUCCAAGGCCAAAAACGUUAAGUUUAGAUCUAACUAAAAAUACUGCUGAAAAGGUAAAACCUACUUCUCCAAAAGUGUACCUCUAUAUUCAAAUGCAACUGUGUCGGAAAGAAAAUCUUAAGGACUGGAUGAGCGCUAGAUGCACAUUAGAGGACAGACCACCAGUUGAGAGCCUACAUAUAUUUUUACAGAUCGCAGAAGCCGUUCAAUUUUUACACAGCAAAGGUCUAAUGCACAGAGAUCUGAAGCCUUCCAAUAUAUUUUUUACAUUAGAUGAUGUAGUUAAAGUAGGUGACUUUGGACUGGUUACUGAAAUGGACCAAGAAGAUGAUGAAGCAGUUUUGACACCGAUGCCAGCAUAUGCCAGACAUACGGGACAAGUGGGAACAAAACUCUAUAUGAGUCCAGAGCAGCUAUAUGGACAAAGUUACUCGCAUAAGGUGGAUAUAUACUCACUGGGACUGAUCUUAUUUGAACUGUUGUACCCUUUUAGUACACAAAUGGAAAGAGUCAGAACCCUUACAGAGCUACGAGACCUGAAGUUCCCUGCACUUUUUACUCAGAAAUAUAUCCAAGAGCAAAACAUGGUCCUGCACAUGCUUUCUCCUAAUCCAAGUGAAAGACCGGAGGCUGAAGAAAUCAUAGAUAGCCCAUUGUUUGAUAAUAUUGAUCUUCCUGGAAAACUAAUACUUAGACAGAGGUCACGGACAUUAAGUACUUCUGGCUUAAAGCAUUUCAGACAGUCCAGCAAGUGACUGCACCACACCAACUUUAUUCCUUUCUGUUCUUUGUUUCAUAAUGUUUCCAUUGACCUGUUUUAUGUUGGGCAAAAAAAAAUCUCUUGAUGGAAUCAAAACAUUAAGUACUGAUGGGUAAUUGCGUUAAAACAUUUUUGUUAAAAUUUGUACACUGGAAAAUGUACCAGAGCUGGUCAGGUUUCCUAUUCUUAAGUGUUUAUUUUUUUUUUUUUUUUUCUUCCAUAAAAUAUUAACUCAUUUGUGGGAAAAUGAAUUUUAAUAUACUCAUUUUGUAUCUCAGAAAAUGAUACUUUUAGUGAUUUACACUCAAGUAAUUAGCACAAGUUAAGAACCACUGAUGUGAAAUUUUUAACCAUCCGUUUUUUUUUUGUUUUUUUUUAUUCAAAAUUAUCUACUGUAGUUGAUUUACAAACCUAUUAAACUGGGGGGGGGGGGGGGGGGGAGGGAUUAACGUAAAUAAAGCACAGACUUAGAAAUAAUGUCAUAGAUGUUCAAACUGUAAAUAGAUUCAAAUAUUUUUCUAGCAAUGACGGCCUUAGAGGGAAGGUUCAAACUUUGUGAAAAGGAUUAUGUGACUUUUACUUAAAGUGAAGGUCAAUUUUCAGCAAUGAGUGCCCGGUUUUUAAAAACAGGGGCACUUUCAUUGAUGAAAAUUUACAUUGCACCGGAUUUGUAGAAAUACUUACCUUUUACUUCUGCAAAGCCGGAUUGAUGAUCCCCCGCCUUCUUCUUCCUGCUGUACAACCACAGCAAUGACGAAACCGGCUUCCUCCUAUCACAGCUGGGCAUCAUGAGAUGGACAAUCUUGGGUGCAAGCCAUGAUUGGAGGAAGCCGUUUUUUUCAUUUCUGACGUCAGUACAGAGGAACUGGGGCUGGGAUCGCCGAUCUGGGUUUGCAGAAGCAAAAAGGUAAGUAUUUCUACAAAUCCAGUGCAAUGUAAAUUUUCAUCAAUGAAAGUGCCCCUGUUUUUAAAAAGUGUUUUUAGAAACCGGGCACUCAUUGCUGAAAAUUGACUUUCACUUUAAGUUGGCAAUUUUUUAUUUUCUUGGUUUUAAGCUUAUAAUUAACGUUUUAUUUUUUUUAUCUAGUUGACAUGCUUUAGUUGCUGCUCUAAUUAUUUUUAAUUUAUAUAAAAGCACUUUAGUUCAAUUCUCAUAUAGUUGCCACAUUUUGGAGCACCACGAAUGUAUUUCCCGUAAAAGGCAGUGAAAAUAGGAUAUAUUUUCCCUCCCCUCCCCCCCGAAAAAAAAUUAACACCCAACCUUGUUAAAAACAUUUUUGUAUGUUUUAAUGUCCUUUAGAGGAAUUAUGAAUAAACCAUUCUCAAGAAGGGCAGUGAUAUACCACUUUGGUAAGUAUGGUAUAUUGUUUAUAGGAUUUCAGAUUGCCUUACUGUCAUCAUGUUUUUGUUUUCGUUAACUACAAAUUUCUUUCCUUGCCCUGUAUUGUUGGAUAUAUUUGUAUAUUUUCCUUGCUGUCUUAGCUUAUGCAGAAUGUGUCCAUCACUUAAACAUUUUAAGUUUUUUGUCAUGUAAAUAUGUCUUAUAUUUAAGAAGCAAAUCAAUCCAUUUGGGUUGGUGCUGUACAGAGCACACUUGUUGCAAAAUGGAAACAUUUAAGUGCAUUAAAUAUUGUGACUUUUUUCAAGUCCUAAACGAUUUAAUAAACCUUUUUUUAUUUA